AUGUUGAAGAAGCAAGCAAGCAACAGUGAUUUAAUGGGAAAUUCCACGAAAUAUUCCGAUAAUUAUCGGGGCGCGAUAACUGAAAGGGAUGAUGUUGAAUUAAAGAAGGCAAAGAUGGAAGAAGUGAGACAAAUUAUUAAUGCUUUAAAGAUGAAUAAUCGAGUGGAUGAUCUGAAUCGAGAUUGGCAAGAACGAUUAAAAAAUGAAAAUGUAAAAUGGGAAAAUGAUAUACAUUCAUCAAAUAAAUCUUGCAAUAAGUUAACAGAGAGUAAAAGUUCAUAUAAGAUUGAUAAAGGAUUGCGACAAAUGGAACGACAUCUUUUUAAAUUAACCAAUCGUUUAUCAUCGAUUCCAAAAAUGGAGCAAAAAUUGGAUGAAAUUAUUGGAAUAUUGCAAAGGAAUUAUUGUUAUCGAUCAAUUCCGGCUACUAAUAAAUCGCAUAUCUCAAAGAGUGAAAGUAUCGGUAAUACAACAAAGACAGCAAAAAAUAUGCAAAAUAAUAGUCCUAUUGCAAAAAUUUCUGAUUAUUAUGGCGUGGUUGAAAUUACUGAAAAUUAUUACCUGGUCUAA